AUGCAGUUCUUCCUCCCCAUCACCCUCCUCAUUGCCGCCGUCGCGGCCCAGGACACCAAGUGCGCCGCCGAGCCCAUCGUCGAGACCUGCCUGUCCUCCGAGACCGCCAAGGUCGAGGCUUGCUCCGCCACCGACUACGACUGCCAGUGCGCCGCCUACCAGGCCGUCGCGACCUGCUACAACAACUGCCCCAACGACGCCCGCGCCUCGUCCGCCCAGAACCAGGUCACCAUCUUCUGCCAGCAGGCGUCCCUCUACGGCUCCGCCGCCCAGCGCAAGACCGCCUCCGUAGCCUCCGGUUCCGCCACUGCCGCCGUCGCCUCCAACUCCGCAACCGCCACCCCUACCACCGGCAGCUCCGCCUCCGCGACCGCCUCCGUCUCGGCCACCAGCACCCCUAACCUGGGUGUCGGCCAGCUCGCCCGCAACACCGGCGGCGUCCUCCUCGCCGUCGCCGGUGUCGUUGCCGCCGUCCUCUAA